AUGGAGUACUACUACAUUGGCGUCGAGGGAAGCAUCGCUUGCACGAGAAUCUGCGCCAUCAAGCGCACGAAAGAGUCCAACGAAACGGAUGAAGGUUACCGUAACUGGCACGUCGCCGCUGGAACCGAUCUUCAAAUGAUUCCGAUCGACAAAAACGCGGAAUUCAUCGCCGAUGGAAUUCAAAAAUUGAUGCAAAAAGUGACGAAAAUCGAUAAUUGGAAAUCCGGCGCGAUCAUUCGCAAGAUCGUCGUCGUUUUCCCACAAGAGCAAGACCACAAAAUGCUGGAAUUCGAGCGAUUUUUCACCGAAAAGUUCAUCAACGAUCAGGGAAUUUCCAAGAAAUUCGCGGUUCUCCCUGAGAUCGAUUUGGUCAUGAAGACGCAUUUCGAACUCUACGACGAUGGAAUCGCGCUCCAAUCGGGAACAGACACGUUCUGCAAGAAGAAGGUCAAGAAUAGCAAGGAGAUCAUGUUCCUCGACACGAUUCCAGAAGCUUCGGAGGCCGGCGGCGCGUAUUGGCUGGCAAGGACCGCGUUGCAAAUGGUUAUCCAGGAGAUUGAGACUGUCCAAGGACCCAAGAAGCUGGAUUUCAUUCGCGAAAUUUUCCAGAAGGAAAUCUUCCCAGACAUGGAGGUCUUCGAGAUGAACGAGCUGUUGUUCACCGCGAAAAUGAGGCAUCGUUUGGCAAGAGUCACCGAGGUCUUGGCAGCCAGACCAUUCGAGAUGGAGAACGCGUGCAUGAAGCGAUACCGUGAGCAAGCGUGGAAGAUUAUGAGAGCAAUGAAAGAGCGAGCACUGGCCGAGCAAGCGGACGCGGCGGCUAAGGGAGAACAACAGGAUCAGAAUGAUCAACGGCCGAACAUCACUCCAUCGCUGCAAAUCGAUGAAGGCGACCUCAACUUCUUCAUGGAUUUCAAGGAUGAGAUUGUGCAACGGAUGGCCGAGUCGGACGAAGCCAGAGCCAUCAUCGAAGCACGUUUCGCCGAGGACGACCUCAUCACGAGUCUCUUCGAAAAGGCCGGCGAACACCUCGGUAACUUGAUCACCCGAACUCUCUCGGCUCAGCCCCGCAUCCGAGAUGGACCGCCAUCAAAGCAUCACCGCGAUGACUCCGACGCCAGCACCUCCGGAGCCGAGACAGGAUCUGAUGGGGAUUCUGUGCGCUCCCGUUCGCCACCAGAAGCCGCCACUCCAAAAGCCACGCGAACCCCAGUUCCAACUACUCCAGUUCAUCAUCCAUCCUCUCCAGCGAUGCCAACCACGCCAACACCGCUCUCCGUUCAAAUUCAAUCUCAAUUGUCUGCUCCAAUGCCACCUACCCCAUUCAAGGACCUCAAACCAGCUACCCAGGAUCAUGGAGCCGAUACUCUGAAGGUUGUGAUGUUCGGCAGAAUGUUUGAUUCGUCCCGUCAUUGA